UGAGGCAGUGGUGGAACAGUAUAAAAGUGUGUCCAUCUCCUCAUUCUCUCAUCCACUCCUUGCUUCCAUCUCCCUGCAAACAAGGUGCCUCUCCAGACACAAGACAUGUCCUGCUACGACCAGUGCCUGCCGCGCCUGCCCUGCCAGCCCUGCGGCCCGACCCCGCUGGCCAACAGCUGCAACGAGCCCUGUGUCAGGCAGUGCCAGGACUCCAAUGUCUUCAUCCAGCCCUCUCCCGUGGUGGUGACCCUGCCCGGACCCAUCCUCAGCUCCUUCCCGCAGAACACCGCCGUGGGAUCCUCCACCUCCGCUGCCGUUGGCAGCAUCCUCAGCUCUGAGGGUGUGCCCAUCUCCUCUGGAGGCUUUGGCCUCUCUGGGCUUGGCAGCCGCUACGGUGGCAGGUGGUGCUUCCCCUGCUAAAGCUGCUGGUGAUUACCCUGGAAAAAGACCCCAGGGACCCAGGAGCUGGAAGCAGAACUGAGACAAAGCACUGGGGUUCAGUCUGCGAUCUCAGAAGACGUGGUCCAUUUCUGCCUUCCCCCUUUCCCACUGUCUCUUUUCCACCUUGUGCCAUUGCUGCUCACCAUCUGCUCCCCUGGACAGUCAGUCCCACAAAGCCAGCAUAGGGAGGACAUGGUGGCCCUUCUUCCUCUGUGGAAAGGGCAAAUGGACAGCUGGUGGCAUGUCCAUCGUGGUCAUGCAGUGCAGCCAAUCAACUGUCCCUAAUGCUUUCUGCACCAGAGCCUUUUCUCCCAGUGAUCUCAUUUCCCUCUUUUGACUCAUUAAAGUUUUGCUGCAUUCCA